GCGGGCGGGGCUCAGACAGGGCGAUGGGCACGCGCGGGGCCUACGCGCUGGUGGACACCACGCCAGCCAAGACCAUUCUGGUGUACCGCAACGGGGACCAGUUCUACGUGGGCAAGAAGUUCGUAUUCACGAGGCGCCGCGUGGCCAAUUUCGAGGUGUUGCUGGAGCAGCUGACCGAGCAGGUGGAAGUGCCCUUCGGGGUGCGGCGCCUCUACACACCGACCCGCGGCCACCAGGUCCACCAGCUGGAAGCGCUGCAAAUGGGUGGCAAGUACGUGGCAGCAGGCCGGGAGCCUUUCAAGAAGUUGGAUUAUAUUCAUAUUGUUCCAAGAAAACCUAUGAAGAUGAAAAAAUUUAAGGAAAUCAAACCGGUGGUACAUUGUGAUAUCAAUGUGCCUUCCAAGUGGCACACAUUUCACGGAUUAUCUCGACAUAUAAAUGUUUUCACAAAUGGAAGACUACUUAUUCCACCUGUAAAAAUCAUUAUCCCCAAAUUCACUCUGAUGGACUGGGAGAACGUGCUGGCUGUGGUUGGAGAAAAAGUCUUUCCUCUCGGAGGUGUUCGAAAAUUAUUUACAAUGAAUGGACAUCUUUUGGACAAUUCAAAGGAUUUGCAAGACAACCAUUUUUAUGUCGCCACAGGACUGGAGGCCUUCAAGUAUUUCCCUUACUGGAAGUCCCCAAAAGUUCCCAGUGAGGUCCAACAAAAGUGUGCAGAGAUUGAAAAACACUCACGAAGAAAGAAAAAAGAAAAUCUCAAAGGAAAAGAACUUCAUAAACAUGACUCAGAUUCAUCUAAACUGCAAGAUUCUGUUUACUACGCCAAGGAAGAGAAGAAACAAGUGGUAGAGCGUUUAAUUCAAUCUGGUGCAGAAGGGGAUGUGUACAAAGCCCAGACUCCCAACAUAGAAACCCAAGGAGCACCAGUAGUUAUAGAGGACCAGGAAGUGAAGGUGGAGGUACCUGUGGAUGAGACACCAGCUGAGAUAGUUAAAGAAGAUAAAGGAAUAGAUGACAACACACCUGAUUCAGGAAGCAACAAGGAAAAAGAAGAGGAAGACCUUCAUGAAGACAAUGAAAGACAGGAAGACAAUUCACGAAUGUAUUUUAAGAAAAAGUUUCCCUUAAGACACAACACAAAGAAAAAAGCAACUCUCAAGAACUUCAGUAAGAAUAAAAAGAUGGUUACGUUUCCUGAAAAAGAACCAAAUGACAUACUAGAAGAAAAAAAUACACCUGUACUACUAGAAACCCAAGGCAAACUAGAAGAACAAAGAGAAACACCAAUGGAACAACAAUCACAAGAAGAUUCAGCAACACAGUUAAAAGAAACACCCAAGCUGGAGGAAUCACUGCAACAGUCAAACUUAGGACAACCAUUCCAAGGACAGAUACGUCAUGAAGAAGAACCCUCUGAACAGUUUUACUUGGGAAAACCAUCCCAAGAACUGAUACCUUAUGAAGAACGCUCUAUACAAUCAUUAAUGAGACAACCAUCCUCCAGACAAAUACUCGACCAAGAAGAACAGCCAUCUUUGGGACAACCAUCCCAAGAACAGAUAUCUGACGAAGGAGAAACCUUUGCACAGCAGUCCAUGGAGCAACCAUUUGCAAACAGAGUAUCUACGGGAUCACAAACUCCAUUUUGAUACUAUGAAAGCAAAAUGUCACUCACUGUAAAGAGCAACAGCCACAAUCUAGAAAAUUUCACAAGGAAAAUGAAAAUACAGUUAGACACUUUCCCCUCAUUACUCUGAAGAGGUAUGCUGUAUAAUAGUAGAAUUAUGGUCUGGGAGUGGAAACCCGUAGAUUAAAUCACCAUUCUAUCUACUUGAAGCCAGUUUCCCAUCAGUCAUGGUGCUUCUGACUCUUA